AGUUUGAACUAGCCCCGUUCCAGUUUUGGAGCGACAAAACCUUUUGUCCAUGCAAAUCUUUUAUAUUUUUAAAAAAUGUGGUAUUAUUUGCCAUUAUUUCUGCUAUUGAUAAUACCCAACAUUCAUAAUAUAUGGGCAUCAAACCAUUAUGCGCUUAAAGAAGAUGGCUGGAUCAAAAGACGUCUUGAUUCACCAUUCCAUUUAAGAGAUCCAGAAAAUCUGAUCAUUUUUUUGGAACAGAUAAACAUAAACGACCGUGCCGAGGAGGCAUUCAGAAAGAUGCAGCGAAAACGCAUUACUUUGGAUGAUCAUAUUUUAUUAAUAGCACAAUUGCUACAGAGUAUACUUAAGCGUUCGGAAUGCGCAAAGGUUUAUGUGAAAAUGACUGGACUAACGGAUUAUUUGAGGACAACCGGUGCCUCUAUGAAACGCUUAGAAUUCCCUGAGAAAAUGGAAAAGGAAGCCGAGGGAGGUAUGCCGGUGUGCAAGAAUUAUGCUGACUUAAAUCCACAAAAAGAUGAAUUUGGCCAUUUGGAUAGCUUUAAGAAUGAAGCUAUAAAUAAGUUGGAGAUUGAGGAGGAAGAGCAUCAUUUAAAACGUGAAUUGGGCUCCAAGGGUGCCAAAAGUGUUACAGAAAUAAUUUAUAAUGUAGCCAUGAAGGGUCUUCUGAACAAUCCAACGUCAUGGAAGUUUCAUAUGUUGGGAUCAUACUAUUGGCGUUUGGUUGGCGACGCUAAAAACGCAUUAGAAUGUGCAAGAUUGUCAGUCUUUUUGGCACCCGAAACUCAUAAGGAUAUACCAUUACUGAGUUUGGGAACAAUACUGGUUAGAGCAGAGUUAUGGGAUGAUGCCGAAAUUAUUUUAAAAAGUGCCAUUGAAUAUGGGCCGAAGCAUGGCGAAAAUUAUAUUGCUUUGGCCACACUUUUGGCAAUGAAACAUGAUUUUAAACAGGCGAAAGAAUAUUUUAGUAUAGCCGAAAGAAUGGACCCUGCAAUGUAUAACAAUUCCAUGAGAAUUCGAGAAUUUAUGGAGUGUAUGGAGCCACUUGAUGCUGACAUCAGCCGACUUUUCAGUUUUGUAAAAUACAUGCUGAGGGAGAUCAAAGAUGUAUCCAAGUUGAGACAUGAAAUUACUCAAUACCAAAAUAGGAUCAUUCAACAACAGAUUCCACUGUCUUCACGCUACAACGAGAAUGAUCACAAAUCUAAAGCGGAUCUAUUGAAACGCUAUCAGUUCUGUAGUACACGUAAAUCUAGUGAAAAUCAGGAACCCGUGCUAUUUUGUGACUUUUAUUCCGAUCUCCAAAUGCAGUUGGAGAGCAAGCAAUUUGAUGCAGAACUCCUAGAUUGGCAAGUUAAUCGUUACAUAGCCACUCUAUUUGAGAAACUACCUUUUGAGUAUAAGAAACAAUUAGAAAUAUUAUACAGUAAGGCUACGCCACAAAUGGCACCAACAGACAAUGCUUAUUCCAUGUAAUGAUAAGGGGUGCUUAACAGGUAAUUCCUUCGAAUAGGGCUUUUUUAUACAAAAUUAGUUUUAAGAGAUUAUUUCGUGAUAUCAUUCAUUUUAUACUGUGUUCUUACGAAUUUUAUGAUUCCAUUAGUAAUAGUUUAGUUUUAAUUUUAUUCAUAUUCUAUUAGGUGUAUAGUUUGUACCAAAUAAUAAAAAAUAAGACAAAUAACCAAA